AUGAUGUCAUCGUCGUCGGUCGCCCUGACGAGUACGAUUCAGCAAGCGAGCAACGCCGGCGUCCUUCCGCCGCCGGCUCAUGUGGCCCCCAAUGCCGCCGCCGUUGUCGGCCAUCUCGAGGAGAGCUCGAGGCAGCAAGACCCCGACUCCAGUGGCCGUCGUCCGUCCCGGCGUCUCAUAGACUUUCUGGGCGGUCGGCAUGAAGGGAGUCCAGAUCAGAUUUCCCCCGACGAAUCCUCCGGCUCCGGCAUCCGUCUUCCACCUCCAGUCAAGGGGCGUCCAAUGGAUGUUGUGGGCGAUCGACGUGAUGAGGACGCUCCGGAUCUGCUUUCCCCAAACUCUGGCAGCCGUCGUCCAGGGGCCGCUCCUGCUCGCCACUGGAUGCCCGAAGUCAUCGGGUUUUCCGUGCUGACCUUCAACAGCGCCAUGGCGGCCUACCGCUCCUAG